AUGCACCUUGGUCAAAAUCAAAUCUCCAAAUGGACAACAAUCAAUAGAGAAAUGAGAGAAAAACAGAUCGGGAUAUUAUGUGUACAGGAAACACACCUGUGCCCCGAACACCAAACGCAAAUUGACACCCUGUAUGCGCGAAGAUUAGUAGUCUUGAACUCUAGUGACACGACGCGCCCCUGCAGCUCAGCCGGAAUAGCAUUCAUACUCAACAAAGAGAUUAUAAAUACCACUAACACUAAAAUACAAGUAUUAAUACCGGGACGAGCAGCCCUUCUCUCCAUUAAAUGGCAUGAAAACAAUAUAAUAAAAAUAUUAAACGUGUACGCACCAAACAACCCAAAUGAACAUCUGAAUUUCUGGAACAAAAUUAAAUCAGAAUGGCUAAAACUAAGCCUUGAUGCCCCGGACCUCAUGAUGGGCGAUUUCAACCUCACUGAAGACCCAAUAGACUGGGCCCCAGCACGAUUUGAUAACGAAGCCACAAUAGAUGCACUGUGCGACCUGAGAACAACACUGCAGGUACAAGACACCUGGAGGAUAGCACAUCCGCACUGCAGGAUAUUCACCUUCAGCAGUAACCACCAAACACUGUCAAGACUUGAUAGAAUAUAUGUGUCAGAACGCCACGCGACAAGUUUGAUUGACUGGGACUCACACAUCUGCCAAAUACCAACUGACCACCACCUAGUCUCAGUGAGACUCGCUCCACCAAACCUACCCCACAUCGGGAAAGGCCACUGGUCCUGGCCACAAGGUCUUGUAACAAACACCGACCUAAUGGACAAAGUCAUCACCCUUGGCAUUAAAGCCCAAGCCGAUAUUGAGAACCCUACCCCCCACACCAAUGAAAUAAACCCCCAAAGAAUCUGGUGCUCCUUAAAAAAUGAUAUGAACACAAUAGCCAGAGACACCGCAAAGACUCACCUACAUAAAAUAAACCAACGAAUCCACUCCUUAACAAAAGACAUGCGCAAACUAGCAAAUGACCGGAACAUUGACGGAUCGGAAGAUGUGAGACUGAAUGAAAUACUCCUUGAAAAAGAAAUCAGCCACCUGCAAAAAAGAACUUUAAAAAGGCCUCCCUCCGUGCACAAGCACAAUGGGCUACACAUGGUGAGACCAUCAGUAAGUACUGGUCCAAAGUAA